CUUAACGCUCUAAAAAUCAAGCAACGCUUUAGAAUUUUUGUUUACAAACUGAAUUCAAACAAUUUUCCAUUCAUUCAAUUAAAAUAAUUAAUUUUUGACGAAAGUACUGUAGAUAGAAAUGACAGAUGUUCUUAAAUCACUAAAGGAGAAGUCUCUCAAAAGAAAGAAGCUACUUGCACAGUCGCUUGGUGUUUCCGAAAUUGAGGAUAUAACAAGUGUGUUGGGCGAUGACUCGAUGUCGAGCAAAGAUGCUAGUAAGGAAGACGAAAGUGAAGCUGGAAGUUCAAAAAAGUUACAAACUGAGAGUCUAUUCUACAAAGACUCAUCAUUAUUUUUAAAAGGAACUCAAUCGUCUAAUCCACACAAUGAUUAUUGUCAGCAUUUUGUUGAUAUUGGUCAAAGACCGGCUAAUUUCAUAAGAGAUAGCAGUUUAGCUGAUAGAUUUGAGGAAUAUCCAAAAUUAAGAGAAUUGAUUCGAUUAAAAGAUGAAUUAAUAUCGGAAACAGCAAGUCCACCAAUGUACCUCCAAACAGAUCUUAAAACAUUCGAUUUGAAAUCUUUGGAUGCGAAGUUUGAUGUAAUUUUAAUAGAACCGCCACUAGAAGAGUAUUUUCGAGGAACAAGUUCUGCUGGUAAUUUUUGGAACUGGGAUGAGAUUAAAAAUCUUGAAAUUGAAGCUAUAUCGAGCCAUCGAUCUUUUGUCUUUUUAUGGUGUGGAAGUUCUGAAGGUCUGGAUAUGGGAAGGACAUGUCUCAAGAAAUGGGGUUUUAGAAGGUGCGAGGAUAUAUGCUGGAUUAAAACAAACAUUAAUUCACCUGGACAUUCCAAAAUUCUCGAACCAAAAGCCGUCUUUCAACGAACAAAAGAACACUGCUUGAUGGGAAUUAAAGGAACUGUAAGGAGAUCAACAGACGGUGAUUUUAUUCAUGCUAAUAUUGAUAUAGAUUUAAUUAUAUCAGAAGAAAAUGAAUUUGGAAAUGUUGAGAAACCAAUUGAAAUAUUCCACAUAAUUGAGCACUUUUGCUUAGGACGUCGCCGGCUCCAUUUAUUUGGACGUGACAGUACAAUUCGUUCAGGAUGGCUAACAGUGGGAAAUGAACUUACAAAUUCCAAUUUUAAUGCGAAUCUUUAUUCCAGUUAUUUUGAAAAUAGCUUAACGACAGGAUGUACAGAACGAAUAAGCAUGUUGCGACCAAAAAGUCCACCGGCAACAAAAACAUUUGACACACGACCGACAAGAGGGUUUAUUAGAGGUGGAAGAGGCAGAGGAAUUAGUGCUCCCAACAGUUUGAAAUUUUCAUAAAAAAAUGUAUUUUAUUUUAUUUUAUUCUCUUAAAUAAAAAAAAAGUUUAAAUAAAGGAAUAUAAAAAUAGACUUUAUUAAAAUUUUAAAAUGAUUCUUCAGCAAAAGUUGUUUUGAAACCAUACAACAACUAAAUGUUUCGGAGCCAUACAACAGCUUCAUGUUUGAAAUUCAUAUAACAGCAAUGUUUAAAAAUCGUACAAAAGUUUGAAAUUCUCUCAAAUUUGAUGUAUUAACUUUCCUGAAGUAAACUAUCCCCAAAUAUUUAAAUAAAGUAAAGUUAUUCAUCAUCAAAUUCUUCUACCAAUUUAUCGCUAUUCUGUCUCAUGAUGUGUUCCUCUAUGUGCUGCAUAUAAAUAUCUAAUUCAUCUUCAGAUUCGUCAGUUUUAGUAAUUUUAUCACUGUUGUCUUGACCAACAUUUUGUGAAUCUUCAUCCUCAAAGUAUUUAUCUUUAAAGUCUUGAUCCUUUUCUAAUGACAUGUCGUCAUAUUCCUCGUUUGUAUCGACUUGACUAUAAUCAAAAAAUUCAGUAUCAUGGCCCAGAAGAAAUUCAUUAUACAUUAUUCCUAAAAACUCGUCUCUCAGCACAUCACGUUCGCCGGCCGUAACCAAAAUAUCUGCAUUCCUUUUUCUCCUUGCUCUAUUUUUUGUGCUGCAAUUCACUUCUUCACUAUCGAAAUUUCCCCAUUGCAUUUGAUUAGAUUCUACAUCUGAUUCAUUAUUACUAUCGAAUGACUGCCUUGAAUCAUCACCUUCUAAUUCUCUCUGCUUCUUGGCAUUUUCUAAGUUCUCCUCGUAGUCUAUUUGAUUUAAUAAAACAUCCACUAAUGUGCUAGUUUGAGCAUUCGGUCGCCUCCUUUUAGCUAGUUCUGCUGGUGUUAUAAACUUGGCAACUAGCUCAUUAUAGAGUAUUGGAUUUCGUCUUUCCAUUUCAAUAUCACUAAAGUAUUCAUUAUCAUGAAUUAAUUUCAUCAUUGCAGCAUAUCUUCUAUUCUUAAUUAAUGUUCUUUGAUGAUCCAAGUUGUAGCUUAAUUGCUUGAUCUGUUCCUUCACUAGUUCUUGUUGUUCUGUAUCAUAAUUCUGUGACUCAAAAUAUUUCAAGUGUUCCUUUUUAAGGACCAUACCAAAUCUAGCUAGGAACUUUGAAUGAGAACUGGCUAGGAUGUCUGUUAAUAUUACUUUUUUGUCAUCAACAUUUAAAUCAAUUUCAUCUUUUUGUUGAUGCUUAAAAAAUGCCUGUUUCUCGGUAGAUACAUGUUUGAUUAAUGCAUCCUUUAAUUCCUCUAGAUUUAAUGUCCCUUCCGCCUCAUUUUCAUUAUCCAUUACUGCUUAAUUAUAACUGAUUUAAGGUAAUUUUUUAUUUUCCAAAAAAUUUGUUUAUUUU